CAAUAUGUAAAUUUGAGAAAGAAGGAAAAACCCUGAUGAGGGAUGAACAGGGAAAGGUGGGUAGUGAUCUGGGCCAGGGCUGAGAUAUUCAACUAGUGGGUAAGAAUCAAAGUUUUCAAGUUUCAACCCCACCACCUGCUUUAAACUUGUGGCUUUCAAACUACCUCAAGGAGUUGGUCACAAUAGCCUCUUAUUUCCUUCAAGAACCACUACUAAACUAUUUUGUAACUAUCCACAUUGUCCCACUAACUUAUCCUUCUCCAUCACUAUUCUUCUUCUUCUCAUCAAAUCAACUACUGUGUGUGUGAUUCUGUUUGUAUGUGUGUGAGAGAGAGAGAGAGUAGUUGCUGAUUUCUUGGACUAAUAAGUCAUUAGUAGAAGUGUUGUUGGAUGAUAGUAUUAUAUAUGCAGAGUUGUGUGAUUGGAGAAAUGAAGUAUGCGGACGCUUUGUGACGUUUGUGAGAGUGCUGCUGCUGUUCUUUUCUGCGCCGCUGAUGAGGCCGCUCUUUGCCGUGCCUGCGAUGAUAAGGUUCACAUGUGUAACAAGUUAGCUAGUAGACAUGUAAGAGUUGGGCUUGACGAACCUGUUGAUGUGCCUCGAUGUGAUAUAUGUGAAAAUUCACCCGCAUUCUUCUACUGUGAAGUGGAUGGUAGUUCUCUCUGUCUGCAAUGUGACAUGAUGGUACAUGUUGGAGGAAAAAGAACUCAUCGGAGAUAUCUCUUGCUAAGACAGAGAGUUAAGUUUCCAGGAGAUAAACCAGGCCUGACAGGAGAUCCUGCCAUGAAACCCCUGGAUACAGCUGAAAACAAGAGGGAAAAUAGUCAGUCGAGAAAACCAAUGAUUGAAGAUGAUCAGCUGAAUCACACCGUCUCUCCUGUUGCCAAAUCAGAUACAGAUGCUGAUGUACCUGUGAAGAUGGACUCUGGGAUGAUUGAUUUGAACAUAAAGCCACAUCAGCUCCACGGUCAAGCUUCAAACAAGCAGCCAGGCUAACUCUCUUGCAAAAUACAAUCUUCAAUUCGGCUAUCAAGAUAUGUUUGUGGAGGGCUUUAGUUUCCAGCCAUUUUUCUUUCGUCAACUCCGAUAUAAACAAUGAAUCUUGAAAGAAUUGUGCCAUUUGUUAUGAUGGUGUGAUACUUAUUCAAGUCCUGGCUGAGUACUAGAAUGCAUUGAGAUUUCAUCUUUUUAGUGAUCAGUUGAGCAGAGAGUCCUAAGUUUUCUCCUGUCGACAAGUUCCGAUAGUUUGAAAGUGGAUGUAAUGCCCGUAGAAGGUCUGGAAAGGGGUGGAGUUAUUUCUUGAAGAAAUGGAGACAUUGUUGUAUAGUCGCGAAAAAUAAAGUCGUACUUGGUGUUUGUUUUAAUCUAUAUAAGGAAUGGUGAUUGCCUUGUAAGAAACUCUGACCAUGUCUUAACUCUCUUGUAAUUUAUACAAGCUUCUAUGCCAACAUCACGGCUAUCACUAAGCCCAUGUUAAUCCAA